AUGGCUAGCGGCGUCCUCCACCGCUCCGCCUCCCUAUGUCUCCGCCCCGCCGCCGAGCCAGCCGCCGCCGGCUCCGGCCAGGGCCACGGCGCGGUGAUGAUCGGUGAUUCGAGGACGCAGCGCGGUGCUGCUCUGCGGCUGGGAGGAUCUAGCCGGAGAGAGUUAUUAUCUGUCACAAUGGUCGCCAGAGAUCACACUGUCUUGACCCGACAACUUCUGGAUUUUCAACAUGAUACAAUGGAUGAGGCAGGUGCAGAACACGAUCCAUUCGUGGAUUUGAAAGCGAGAUUCAUGGACCUCAAACACAGAAACUAUGUGGAAAUUUUUUCAAAUUACCAAAGUCUUGCUCAGCAGCAAACACCAAAGGUUUGCCCUACCGCUGUUUUGGGGUUUCAGCCUGGGGAAGCAUUUACAGUUCGUAAUGUGGCAAAUUUGGUACCACCAUAUGAGCAUGGGGGGUCAGAGACUAGUGCAGCACUGGAGUUUGCUGUCAAUACACUCCAGGAAUCAAUAAAUAGCUCUCUGUUGAACUUGUUAACCUACCCAUGGAUAGAGAAGAGGGUGAGUGAAGGUACUUUGAAUCUUCAUGGAGGCUACUACAACUUUGUUGAUUGCACAUUUGAGAAAUGGACAUUAUUGUACCGUGAAGGGUUGGAAGGUGGAAGCAAGUAUGCUAUAAAGAAUAGGUCCACCUGGUCUUGA